AUGGAGCUGAGUUCCGUGAUCUUCACCACCGGGAGCUCCGUCGGGUUUUUCCGCCUUGUCAACACUGCGGUCGGGAUGCUGACGGUGCCCGAGUCGGCCUGCAGGAACGCGUGGAGGUGGAGGAACAUCUCCACAUCCUUUGUGCACAGCUUCAUCACCGCGAUGUGGGCAGUGCUGUGUUUUUUUCUUCACCCAAAGAUGGCUGAAGAUUUGAUAGAAACCCACUCUGUGUUCUCUCACUCUUUGGUGUCGUUUUCCAUCGGUUACUUCAUCUACGACUUCCUGGACAUGGUGGGCCACCAGAAGCUGAGUCAGUCCUGGGAGCUUCUCUUUCAUCACAUCGUGGUGAUCACCUGUUUCGGAUUCUCCGUGCUGUCCUGCCGCUACGUGGGCUUCGCCGUGGUGGCCCUGCUGGUGGAGAUCAACUCGGUGUUCCUGCACCUGCGGCAGAUGCUGCGGCUGGCGGGCGACGCGGCGGGCACGCCGUACCGCGUCAACAGCAUCGUGAACCUGGGCACGUACGUGGUGUUCCGCAUCAACACGCUGGCCUGGAUGACCCGCUGGCUGGUGCUCAACCGCGACAACGUGCCGCUGCUGGCCUACACGCUGGGCAGCCUGGGCAUGGCCAUCGUGACCGCCAUGAACAUCGUGCUGUUCUGCCGGCUGCUCAGGAGCGACUUCCUGAAGGGCAGCGGCCGCGAGGCCAAGAAGGAGAAGGAGAAGGAGAUGUGA